AUGGCAUACAUCCCACCCAUCGAUAAUACAGAGACACAGCAUGAGGGUAUGGUUCAUUUAACCAUUCGAAAUACAUUUUUCCGCCGGUAUUUAACUCUUCUCGCGCUCAAGACCACCGCCCGUUUCUUCCAAUAUUACGAUGGCCCAUGCGUCCGCAUCUCCAAAAACCUUGUCGUCAAGACCGGCUCCUUCGUUCACCUCACCGAAGCGGCGACUAUGGAGUUCGUCGCUGCCAAUACUUCGAUUCCAGUACCUCACGUGUACUCUUCUUUUGUGCAUCGAAAUCGCGCUUACAUUGUCAUGGAGCGCAUUUCAGGUGAACCCUUCACAAAAGCCUGGAAGACACUGUCUGAUGUAGAGCGAGAGAGCAUCUUUGCGCAACUUCGCCGUAUGAUCUUGGAAUUUAGGACACUUGUACCACCUCCUGGCACGGGGGUAGAGAGCUGCGUCGGUGGCUCAUUGCGAGAUUCCCGCAUUCCGCAUGCUAGGCCCAGAUUUGGACCUUUCAAGACAAUUCAGGACUUUCACUUCUGGCUUCGUGAUGGGCUCCAGCCAAAGGAGCAUCCAGAGGUCAAGAAUGUGCAUAUAACUGACCAAGACUGGAAGGACCUUAGAGAAAUGGCCGCCAAAUAA